GGAACAGAGCCCCCGCGCCGCGCCCGGGCCCCGCUGCGCCAGAAUGUCUUCCACCGAGAGCUCGAGUCGCCCAGCGGACAAGUCGCCGCGCCAGCAGGUGGACCAACUGCUCGUGGGGCUGCGCUGGCAGCGGCUGGAGGAGCCACUGGGCUUCAUCAAAGUUCUCCAGUGGCUCUUUGCUAUUUUCGCCUUCGGGUGCUGUGGCUCCUACAGCGGGGAGACAGGAGCAAUGGUUCGCUGCAACAACGAAGCCAAGGAUGUGAGCUCCAUCAUUGUCUUGUUCGGCUAUCCCUUCAGGUUGAACCGGGUCCAGUAUGAGAUGCCCCUCUGUGACGAUGAGUCCACCUCCAAGACCAUGCAACUCUUGGGGGACUUCUCUGCCCCCGCCGAGUUCUUCGUGACCCUGGGUAUCUUUUCCUUCUUCUACACCAUGGCUGCGCUGGUGUUCUACCUGCGCUUCCACAACCUCUACACAGAGAACAAGCGCUUCCCGCUGGUGGACUUCUGCGUGACUGUUUCCUUCACCUUCUUCUGGCUGGUAGCUGCAGCUGCCUGGGGCAAGGGCCUGACCGACGUCAAGGGGGCCACACAGCCAUCCAGCCUGACCGCAGCCAUGUCCGUGUGCCAUGGAGAGGAAGCAGUGUGCAGUGACGGGGCCACGCCCUCCAUGGGCCUGGUCAACAUCUCUGUGCUCUUCGGCUUUAUCAACUUCUUCCUGUGGGCUGGGAACUGUUGGUUUGUGUUCAAGGAGACCCCAUGGCACGGGCAGGGCCAGGACCAGGGCCAGGGCCCCAGCCAAGAGAGUGCAGCUGAACAGGGAGCCGUGGAGAAGCAGUAAGCAGCCCCCACCCAGCUAUUCCCGAACAGGACAGCACCUCUUCAACCACCUCCGGCUUCCAGGACCUCCCUCUUCUUCCUUCUCCAACUCCCCUCCCCCACCAUUCUGGGCUUUGAGCUUUGAGAAGUCACCGAUGGAUGGGCAGGCAGCAGCUGUCGGAAACCUGGGCAGCCCUCCCAGUGGCUUCCUGUCCCCCCUCCUGCUGGAACCCCAGAUGGCAGGAACUCAGUGCUUCUUGUCUACUGUCUGGACCUAGGCAUCUUACUUGGGGUCGACAGACCCUCACAGCCUCUGCUGCAAGUGAGGGUUGAGGGCAGGAGACCAGAGUCCUGAGACUGGUUCCUAGCAGCCACCUCUAUCAACCUGUCCAGCUUCAAUAAAAGUAGGGGAAGGGAAAAUUGGCUGGCAGCCUUCUCCCUGGUCCCUUGCAUGGAGGGCCCACCAGUGGUUUAGAGACCCCUCUGCAAUGGAUGCCAUCUAGGCCCCGUGCCUGCACUGAUCUCUAGACAGCCAUAGCUCAAUAUGCUUCCCACUCUGUCCUCUGCUUGCCACUCAGCCUACCAUGUGUGAACCUGGGAGGCCCACUAGCCUGGAAAACAGCCUUCAGAGGGUCCCGAUGAGGCCUCAGACUCAGUGGGGAGCAGAUAAAUUGCAACUGCUUUAAAAUUCAAGAAACUAAAGCCAGGAAAUUUGUUGAGGUGUCAGUUUCUUCUAUACCCACAGUCCUCCUGCCCCUCCAAGCUGGGGCUCUUUCCACCAACACUCUAAACUCACACUGGCCCUAAACUCCCUACCUUCCUCUCUGUCCUCCUUCGUGGGCUUGGCUCACACUUGGGACACAACAGGAGGGGUCUAGGAGCAUGCCCAUCUCAGCCUUCCCCCAAUCUCUCUGCCCAUGUCCCUCCCCCCGCCUCUUGGAUCUGAGGCAUUCAAGAUCCUUUUCCAAGUCUGGCUAGGCUUUCCUUUCAUUCCUGUGGAGCCAGACAGGGGUUUUGGAAGGGCUGAAAGGACCAUCAGGAGGCUAAGUUGCCCAAGAACCCCAGAACAUGGAUGGAUGGGCCUAUUUCAUCCUCAUUCUCUGCCCCCACCCCCACCACUGCUCCUUCUCUGUCCCUUAUUUUAUACUUCCCCUUUUCACCUUAGAAAAGACACACCCUCUCCCUUUGCCCUCCCUCCUCAUCUCUCUCAGGCUCUACACCCCCACCCCGUCCAGGGCAGCCCGAUGCUAUUGGUGCUUCUUCACUUCGGGACCCAGUUUCAUAUUUGUCUUUGGUAUGUCUCCUCUUCCUGAUACCUCCUUCAGUCUGUCUCCAGACCCCAGGGCCUAAGACACAGUGCCAACUAGGUAAGGGCCAUCUGUCCCCUACCCAGCUCCUACCCAGUCUGUCCUGGCCAUAGGACUGCCCAGGGAAGGAUGAAGAAGGUUGAAUCCAGACAUUUUCCAAUCCAAUGCCAAUUAGCCCAUUAUCAUCCCAAAGGCGAAUGUACCCUGUGCCAGUCUCUGCUCAGGACUGAGUCAACCCCUCCCACCUCACCUCCCUAAACACCAUUCAUAAGAACAUGUGCAUUACUGGGGCACCCAGGAGUCAGGACCUUUGCCUUUGAGCCAAUCAUUUCUUCCCUGGGGCUGAGUACCCCCCCCCUUCACAGGGGGGUAGAUUUACACCCUCAAAUGCUGCAGAAUCCAGUUCAAGACUUAGAUUUUUUGUUGUUGUUUUUAUUUGGGGGAAGGAAUUUGAGGAGGGAAGAGAGGAGACAGGGAUGAGUGUUUCU